CAGUGAAUGAAUCCGCUCAGAGUCUCCCCGUUCCGUACGCAGCCUCUUCCUCUCUUUCUCUUCCACCGUUCUCUCUGUCCUUCCCUGCCUUUGGAGCAGACAGAGGAGCAUCGGCACGGCAGCGGAGCCACACAGGAGCAACGGAGGAGCCUGGAAGCAAACGAGCUUCAGAACAUUUCCAGCAUCAACAGAUGCAUCCAACGUGAAACAGCUCCAAAGGCAGACCGGAGCAACAGAUUGCUCUUUAGGUGCAACUGUUGCUGAAACUGAUGGUGGCCCACCUGCUCUGAGACGAAGCUGGCAUCUGCAGAUUUGGGAAGACAAUUUCUCUGACUGAAAGAAAAGCACUGACUCUGCCCAAAGCAGGAGGAACCAGCACUGCCAGGCGCCGAGAAGAGAAGUGUUUGACGGUUCAUGCAGGGCGUGAGCAUCACCUUUACCACGCCGUCAUUCAUCCUUUUGCAGAAACCAAAGAUAACAAGUCAUUUGGAUGUGCAAAAUAGAUGGAGGAUGUUAGUUCAGAGGUAAGCUGUGAAUCGAGAAGAGCAACAUCAAGUCUAAUCAGUGCAAAGAUGCAGGUAAGAGCCACCAAGUGACGCCAGUAAAUCCAGCAGGAAAUGACUUCUGGAGACCACAGAGGGUAAAAGAGCAGGAUGUAUGCAAGUACCUACUGAAAACGAAACCAGGAGACUCUCAUUGACUGGCAGAUGUUCUUCUCCAACAAACACUGUAUGAACACAAAGAAAGAAAGCAUUGGUAUCUCGCUACACUACUUUCUUUUUUCUAGGAUGUUUUGCACCAGUGGAGUUUGCUUCUUUCAAAGCAUUCAAGCCUUUCCUCCUCCGUAACUUUUGCUGCAGCUACAUCUGCGCCGAUUUAAGUCGGUGUUGGCGUUGUUGUUCCGACUCUUCUUUUCGGGGUGAAGCGGAUCUGCCGUGGGGGCAGCUGACAGCCGUCCAAGACGCCGCGAGCCGUACUCCGCGUGAAGAAUGCCCAGCCGCGCUUGGCCAAGCCGGCCGACCCGGGCCCGACGGCGGGCCUGUACAUGGAGAGAUCGCAGAGCCGCAUCAGCCUCUCGGCGUCCUUUGAGGCCCUCGCCAUCUACUUCCCCUGUAUGAACUCCUUCGACGAGGACGAUGGCGUGGACACAGAUGGCAGGAAGUUGAAGGGAGCCAUCCAGAGGAGCACGGAGACGGGUUUGGCGGUGGAGAUGCCGAGUCGGACCGUCCGCCAGGCCAGCCACGAAUCCAUAGAGGACAGCAUGAACAGCUACGGCUCCGAGGGGAAUCUUAACUACAGUGGGAUGUGUCUUGCAUCCGACGCCCAGUUCAGCGACUUCCUGGAUGGGAUGGGACCGGCCCAGUUUGUUGGGAGACAGACGCUUGCAAUGACAUCCAUGGGCGACGUAGAAAUCGGCCUGACGGAGAGAAACGGGGGACUGGAAGUAGAAGUUGUUCAAGCGAGAGGACUCACCAUGAAACCAGGCUCAAAGGCACCUCCAGCGGCGUACAUCAAAGUCUACAUCCUGGAGAACGGAGUCUGCGUGGCCAAGAAGAAGACCAAAGCAGUGAGGAAGUCUCUGGAUCCUCUCUACAAUCAGGUCCUGGUCUUUUCUGAAAGCCCUCAGGGGAAAGUGGUGCAGGUCAUUGUUUGGGGAAACUACGGACGAAUGGACCGCAAAAGCUUCAUGGGCGUGGCUCGAAUCCUAUUGGAGGAGCUCGACCUGAGCUCCAUGGUGAUUGGCUGGUACAAGUUGUUCCCUACGUCCUCCAUGGUGGACCCGACUAUGGCGCCACUCAUCCGCCACUCGUCUCAGAUGUCUCUGGAGAGCACCAUUGGACCCUGUUGUGAGAGAUCCUAAGACUCAGGAAGGAAACUGUGGCGUUUCCUGUCGCUCAGAUUCUAAACUGAGUCUGAAGAAACGUUUUUAAACCCUGUAGCUCUGCUCCUGGCUCAGCUGGCCACCACUUCACCUGCACCAGGAACACGUUAAGAUUCACAAGUCUGACCGCUCUGGGGAACGAUCAGAACCGAUAAAUCACUGCUCCAACCAGCCGGUUAUCCUGCAUUCAUUUGAAAUAUAUGAUAGUUUUGAAGCAGAUUGUUUCCCGUGACUCCUGGGAACCGCGUUUCUUUUAUUCUUGCAACCGAGCAUCCCUCAGACUCCAAGGGAGAUUUCUCUCCCUUCACAUCUCUUUGAUGGAAGGAAAAACCAAACCCCCCUUAAUGAGGAAACUUCAAAGCAGAGCUUACUGCUGACAUUGAUCACAUCCUAUUGGGACUCGGCGGCUCCGUUUGCUUCAGCUGCCCGCCUCCUCUGCAGCCUUCAUCCAACUCUCAUUCCCAGGGCUGCUUGUUGUCUUUCUACGUCCUCACUGGAGAACGGACGACUCCUGAAAAAAUCUCUCAGUCCACCUUAAUGUUUGAGAAACCAGAUCCUAUCGAUAGAUGUGUAUGCAAUAGGACUAAAAACACUAAGGUCUAAGUUAUUUGUUGCGACAUACUGGGUCCAACCACAUGAGCUGUGUUUUGUUUAUUUCUGUUGUUUACUUCCACGUCGGUUGAAUGAUGUUCAGCUCCAUGAGAAAUGUGAUGCCAACAUGGCUGAGAGCUGUUGCAGUUUCUGGAAGGAUCCGGAUCUUAACCUGAAGUUAGGAAUGACGACGGCUGCUGGUUUCUGUGCAGUCAGUUGGUUGGAGCCUCAGGUCAGCUGUGGAUCUGGUUACAGGGCUUAAUCCUUCUCAAUCCCCAAAAACUGUUUGCAAUCUGAGAAUGUUCACCCUUUACUGACUCACAUGACAUUUAAAGCUUUUUUCAGUCCAUUCAGUCGACGUUGUGUUGAUUAGAAAGAGAAACAAACAUCCCUGCUUAUUUUAAAAAAGUGACAAAGUCAAUUUAUUCUAACUAGGGUUUCAAAAAUAGUGUUAAUUUUAAUAAUGUUGAAUCAUUUUUUGUAAAUUGUGAAUUAUAAACGUCCUCCAGAUUCUGUCCUGGUGCGAAAACUGAAAACUGCAGCUGAGAAUUUUGUCCCAAAAUUAAAUGAAAUUUCAUGCAUGCAGUUUAUUCUACAGGAUUUUGGUGUUAAUAUAAAGUGGCUAAUGUUAAAUGCAUGACAUUAGCACAUUUAAAUUUUGCUGAGUCCUUACAGGGAACAAAAUGUACGUGGCAUGAAGCAGCAAGGUGUAUUCUGGGUCUAAAAUAACAAAUGUUUGUUUAUUUAUUAUUUCUGCUCUGCUUUGGUUAAUCACACUGAAUGCAGUGGCUGCUAUCACUGGAAAAAAACAAAAAAAGUUCAAUCUUGGUUGCUGUAAAGAGCAAACAGCCACCUGUGAACCUGGCAGCUGCAGCAGCUCUUUAGAUAGAUUUCUAACAUUCCUCUAGUCCAGGGGUGUCAGACUCCCGUCCUGAAGGGAUGCUGUCCUGCAACUUUUAGAUGUUUCUCUGCUGCACCACCUGAACAGAAUAAUCAGAUCAUGAAGGCUCUGGAGAACCGAUCCGCUCCAGGAGGAGGUGAUGAAGCCGUUUCAUUCCAGGGUUUUCUACCUGUGGCUCUUCUGAAACCUGCAGGACAGCGACUGGAGGCCUGGAGUUUGAGACCUGCACUCUAGUCUUUUUUAAGCUUUGGUGAAUAACAGUUUCUGUUGUGCCAAUUUUUACCAGCACGUGUCUUCUUCCUCCUCCUCAGUUACCUUGUGGCAUGUGCCAUUGUGAGGGGGACAGCAGAAAAAUCCUCUCUCACCACCUAACAGCAGCAUUCAGGCUGCACAGAGAAGCUUCCCUUUCAUUCUAAAUUAAAGCCCUGAUCCACUGAAAGCCAAGCCACCUGGUGAUUAGCCAUGCUUCGACUGAAAACCAGAGGGAGGAAGAGAGGGAGGGAGAGGAGAGAGAGAAAGAGAGCAUGAAAUGUUCUUUGCACCAUCCAAACAAAGGAUCUGUCUGGAAUGACGUCAGGUGUUACAGACUUCAAAAGAGAACGGAGAAAUGGGAUGAACAUAACGGGAACACAAUGUGCACACUGUAGAGAAAUUUUAUUGGAGCAAAAACCAUUUAUUUGGGCACUUUAGGAUCCAUAAUGUCUCCUUUCUGUGUACAUAUUACCACUGUUUGUGUCUUUUGGUGUGAGCCAAAGUGAAUCUGUCACGACUUUGUUGAUAAAUGUUGAAACACACGUGGAAGGAGGUGAUGAUAUCUUUGGUAGAUUUCUUUUCUGAGACUGUAGCAGUAGCUGGUAGCAUCUGCAUGACAGGUUAAACAUUUCUACUGUUAGCACAAAACUUGAUAAGAUUUAGCAUGAGCUACACAGAGGUCACAGGCAUCGGUUUGAACGGAGGAACAAUCCUAUGUAGCACUUUUAUUUGUUCUGUCUUAAGAUGUUUUGGUUUCAGCUGCUUUCUGUUCAAAAAAGUAAAACUAAGUCAUCUAGACUUUAAAUUUUUUGUUAGCUGGGAGUAAAUUUUUGAAAUAAACUCUGCUUGGUUGCCAUAAUGACUGGAUGAAUUCCUCUAACUCCAGUCAGUUUUUCAGACUUUGUAGAUGUGGCCUCUGCUUUGCCAGCAUCGUACCAACAAAUUCCUUUCACUCUGUGAAGCAAUAAAACAUCCAGUUUCUUGGCUAUUCAUGCAUAACAAAUACACAAGUUAUGAUUUCCAUCAACAAUUUUUCAAUUCUACUGUUUAAAAUCCAUUGAUGUUCUUCAGUGGGAUGUUUUUCCUCUACAUGUCUGUGUCACAACUACACAUAAUUAUACAUUUAAUUGUGUUUAAACUCCCAACAGCAAUGCCACUAGGAUACUGUGUAUUUAAACAUUUUAGGAGAUUUAUUUUAGCCCAGAAAUCUUUGCUCUGAUUGGUCAGCCAGCAGCUCUGAAGGGACUGACGGACUUCAGGCCAGAAAUCUCACACUGGUUGAAUCCUCUACUCUCAUUUUGUGGAAACACAGAAAGAGAUUUAUCUCUGAAGACAAUAAGCAAAUAAUCAGUAUGCCUGAAAAGUGAAAGGUGUUGUUUUGUCAGAUAUAAUAACUGAUUUGUCUGGAGAGAAAGAGAGGAAGACAAAACAUCCAAAGAAAAGAGAGAAUCCACGUUUAGCAGCUCUUCCUCAGCCCAGUCAGGGGAAGUUUGAUGGAUAUUUAAUAUAAUAAUUCAUACAAACUAAAUUCUGACCACCUUGUCCAGCUUUGCAUUGCUUUGCAAUUGCUCUUUGCUCACUGUUGUCUAAAACUGUUGAUGUAUGAGCAACACAAGUGAUGGUUUUCUGAUGAAUCCCUUAAAUCUGUUUUCAGGCUGGAUAAAAAUCCUGCAGCAGUGCAGAAACACGACGUGGAUGAUCUGACUGGGUGGCUCUCCUGAUCAUGAUCAAAUGUAAAAAUCAGCUCUGAACAUAAAACAAACCUGCAGAGCAAAGUUAUGGUGUUUUAUUGUCAUGAUGGUGAAGUUACAUGUUUAAGACCAGACAACAUCUGAUUUACUACUUUACCCAUUUCCAACAGGGAGAGAGAGCACUGACCAGUGGAAAACUUUCAGAAAUGUAUUUUAUCUUAAAAUGCAGGAUGGUUUCAUAAAACAACAUUAAGGAUGAACUGGUGGCUGUUUAUUUUUGAACUUUGGGAUAUGUUAGUGAAUCUGUAUGAAUCUAAAAUAUUUAUAUUUACAUGAAAUAACUUCAGACUGUGACCAGGGAAUGUGUUUAUGCUUUGUGCCAAAAUUAUGAUCUAUUGAGAACUAAUAUCCCAAAUGAUCCACAAAACGAAUCAGACUUCUGCUCUCCUGACUUUAACUUUAGAAAUACAGUCAGAUGCUCUUCCUAGCCGGUCCGGUACUCAACAGAAAUGUCCCGUUGAUGGUGCUAGUGCAGAUUUAGAGCAGCAACGUUUAGUUCUGUAGAUUUAGCUGAAUUAAGGCCUAAUGAGAGUUAAACUUAUAGAGAGUUAAAGAUUCUUCCUGUCAUCAUUUACUAACAUGCAUUCAUUGGGCAUGAGGUGAAACGUUGGUAAACUUUACUUGAUUGUAAAACAUUAAUAGCCGGUUUGUGUUGUGUGACACGUCUGCAGUGAGAAAUGUUUCUGUGUUAAUAAUUUGAAGGAAACAAAAUGCACAUCACCGUCACUGACAGAAUCAAAGCCAGUUAGAAAUGAUUGUGUACUUUAGUCACUGAUGGAUGAGCUGCUGAAAUGAAAUGUUGCAGUUCUCAGCAAAACGUUUCGAUUCCCUUUGAUUCUGUCACUUGAAUGUUAAAAUGUAAACUUUAUCAAUUGUAAUGUAAAUAGAGGCCUUAACACACAUGAUACACAUUUUGUCAGGGCUAAAGACAAAGAAUUGUCAUGUUAUCGUUUCCAAACAUCAGAAAACAAGAAAAAUAAAAUAAAAUGGAAUCACCAUUUCAGAAGAAUAGAAACUAUGGAGGUAAUUAUUUUUAUGUUUCCAACAACUUUUCCAGGCUGAUACUUCACUUUAGUAUUAUUAUUAUUAUUAUUAUUAUUAUUAUUAUUAUUAUUAUUAGUUUGUUGAGACAUUUUGCGACCGUGUUGCUGGCCUGUUGAAAAUCAGUGGACUGUCAUCAUCUAUCAUCAACGUUUCUGCUUGCUGCUGUUUUUUGGUUGCAAUUCUGCAAAAGACAGCAGUUAAAAACCACGAGACACUAAAUAUCUCAUGUUGAAUAUUUUAAUUUUGUGUCAAACUGGCCUCAGCCUUUUACCAUGCGAUGCUAGCAUUUUUUAGCAUUUUUAGCAUGCUAGCAUUUUUAGUUGCAGCUGAUUUUCUGUCCAAAUUAUUCCAACCAACAGGUUGCAGAAUUUCAAUAAUUUGUAACUGUUACUAAGUUUUGAUAAAUUAAAAUGUUUUGUAUUUUAGUAAUGAUAAACAACUAUAAUUGGUUAAAUCCUUUUUAAGGAUAGUUUGAUGUAUUGGCAGUUACAUUGUUGUGAUGUACAGAAAUAAUACACAAUAUAAAAAUUGGAACAUUUAGUUUUAAAUCAUGAUAGAGAAAAGAUUCAGACUGAAUUGUUUAGGGAAACUUUUGAUGGAAAUGUGUGUUUUUUGCAGAAAAUGCACCUAAGACGUGAACUGGCUUUAAAGUUUAACAGACAUUGCUCAUGAAAAUAUCUUUCUCAUCAAGCAACAAGAAAUUUGAGUAUGUUUUUUUAUGUUUAGAGUGGCAGUGUGUCAUUUUGAAAGAACAUUUCAGUGAAGGAGUGGGAGGAUAAGAGGGUUGGUACAACACCAAACACUGGCUGGUGGAAGAUUUCCUCCGCUCUGCUGCUGUGCAGACGCAGCGGUUAUUAAACUACAGCCCCAUCUUCUCUAAGCAAUACUCAUAAAAACGUUCCCCCUCAUGCCAUCUGGAGCAUCCUCCCCUCUGAUGUGUCCCACAUAAGCACGAGCGAAAACACUUUCAGGCUGUCUUACUCUACUGAGAAUCAAAAUCAUCUUUCAUCUAUUUUCGUCACAUUUUGCCAACGUCUUUCUGACUCAGCCCCUCAAAAACACCCAAAUGUUCCAAACUGCUCUUACGGUACGAAGCCAUAAUAUUUCCAUUCACGGCCUUAAAUUUUCAUGUCAGAAUUAUUUACACUUCCAAACGUUUCUGCCUUCCACACCAUGUACACAACUGGAAGGAGAUGUUUUGGUUUUUGGGAGGGUUUUACGGUUUUACAGGCCUUCUCGCUGUCGUGUGUGAGCAACUGUGAAAGCAAAGCUGGUUAUAAAUCCUCCGUCUAGAGAGCGUUUACCCAGGGAUAGUUUGCCAAGUAAGUGUCUGUUUUAAGCCUCACCUUCACUGGUUUCAACUGUCUGCAGUUUCUAAUGUUAAAUAUCUUCACUGGAUUCAGUUUCCAUUUGAAAAUCCUGUUUCCUUUUUUCAGCUUCACUUGAUCAACAUCAACAAAUGUUUGCAUAAACCAGGCGUUAGCGCAGCUCUAAGCAGCAGAAGCAUGUGUGCAUUGCUUUUAUUUAUUGCUCAUGUUUUGGCACCUGGAGGACUGAAUUUGUUAUCAGGGCAGAAAAAUGAUGAUGUAACUUUAGUUUUAUUCACUGCAUUUAGAUUCUGGCUAUAUUUGCAGGUUAUCUGACAAACUGUUCUGUUGUUGAGUAAAUGCACAAUUUGGUGUACUGGUCUUCUAUUCCAGCUGUCAAUAAAAUAGUUUAACUC